CCCCCCCCCCAGGCCGUGGGGAGCUGCGGGCGGUGGAGGCCAUGGGGGGGGGCCGGGGGGCUCCGGAUGCUGCUGCUGGUGGUGAUGGCUGCGGGCUCUGUGCGGGGAGGCACCCCCGAGCUGCACUGCUUCCGCCUGAGCCCCCGGGGGGGGAUGAACUGCAGCUGGGGGGGUCCCCAGCCCCCCCCCGACCCCCUCGUCCUGCGCUACCAGAGCCUCAAGAUCUGCAGGUGAACCCCUCGCCCCCCCCCCUCGGUGCGCUGGGAUGCGACCCCCGGGCUGGGAGGGGGGGGCCGCCCCCCCCCCGCUGCGCCCUGCGCUACCGUCCCCACGGCCACCCCACUUGGACACUGGUGCCCGAGGCCGACCUGGAGCCCGAGGGGUUCGAGUUCGAGGCCGGGGCGCUGGAGCCGGGGGAGGCCCACGAGGUGCAGGGGCGCUGCGCGGGAGAGGGGGGUCUCUGGAGCGACUGGAGCCCCCCCCAGGCCUUCACCCUGCCCCCCCACGGGCUGCAGGAGCCGCUGGACGUUUGGCGCCAAGAGGAGGAGUCGGGGGGGGGGCAGCGGGGCCUGAUCCUGCUCUGGAAGGACCCCUCGGCCGGGGGGAGCCGGGAGUACACGGUGACGGUGGAGCGGGACCGGGGCCCCCCCCGCCGCCUGCACCCCCCCUGCUGCCGCUGCCCCCUUCCCCCCGACACCGUCAGCGUCGCCGUCACCGCCCGGGGCCCCCCCGGACCCUCGGCCCCCGCCCGCCUCCGCCUCGACCGCACAGACCUGCGCCCCCCCCGGGGGGUCCAGGUGAAGCCGGUGCCGGGACCGGGACUGGGGGUGUGGUGGGAGCCAGGGGGCCCCCCCGCGGCCCCCCAGUACCUGGUGGAAUGGGCUGAGGUGGGGGCAGGGAGGGGCCUCGACUGGCUCCGUUGCCCCCCCGGGGCCCACAGCACCCUCCUGCCAGGGCCGCUGCGCCCCGGGGCCCGGUACCGGGUGCGGGUUCACAGCCUCUACCCGGAGGGGUCGGGGGCCGCCCAGGCCACGGAGGCCGUCGCCCACCUGGGGGCCCCCCCUGGUCCCCCUCCUGUGCGGAGCCGUGGCCAUCGCUGCUGCCGCCCUCCUGGUCCGGGGCCUGCGCCCCUGGACCCCCCCGAGCUGGGGGGGCCACCCUGUCCUCCCCCCGAGGAGCUGCUGGUGACGCUGGUGGAGCUGAGCCCAGAGGGGACGGACAUGGACCCACGGCCGGACACGGACACGGAGCUGGACAGAGCGACGGACAUGGACAGAGGGACGGACACGGCCACAGAGCCACUGGUCCCCCCGGUGGGGUCGGGCGUAACACGCGCUGCGACACCCCGAGAGGGCCCAUACCGGGUCUGGAGGGCCCAUAACGGGGCCGCAGGCGCGGGGGUACCUGGCGCGGUGUCAUGGCGGUCGGACCGCGGGGCACGACGGGAAAUGAAGUCCCGGCGUCACGUGAUAGGGCGUGGGCCCGACGAGGAGUGGAGGCUCGACGUGGCGGGGCCCGACGAGGAGGAGGCGGGGCCCGACUGA